ACGAGACGGAAGUCCUUAUUGGCGUGUUUUCGUUGUACCGUUGGUUUCUGUUGUACUUCACUUCUCUUGUCUUCAAAAUUCUCGGACGGCUGGAUUUGAACGUUGGAGCAAAUGGCGUGUUGUAACUCAGAAAUAGUAAAGAAAAAAGGGGAAACGUGAGUUUACGGCUCUCGAGUUUAAAAAAAAUAAGGCUUUUAAAACGCGAUCUUUGGCCAAACACCUGGAGAAAGGAAGAAUCAGUUUGUAUUUCAUGAAUCUAUUCACAGAUUUUUUCAAAAAUAAAGUUAGCUUUGUUCUUCAUAAAUGACAACAUGGUAACUGCUGAAAAAAAAUGAAUGGCAAACUGCAUUGUUAGUUGUUUCACUUUAACGCAUAAGAAGGGACGAUCUCUCAACAAUAUCCAGACUGUGUAAAAUGAAGACUCUCAUCAGCUGACUUCUUCAUGAAUACAAAACAGUUAAAUGAAAUAUCCUCACUAUUUUUCCAUAAGGAAUAUUGUAUCUGUUGGCUUUGGCAAUGGCAAAUCACUUGUGGGGAAUACUUAUUCUUAUUGGGAUUUUUAUAUACCCCAGUAUAUUCAAUGAGAACUGUAAAAAUGGCCGAUACACUUUGAACGUGAUCCUACUAGAUGACAAUGUUUCUCUAUGGAGUAAACAAAAAGUGGAGUCGGCGGUGAAUGCAGCACUGAAAUUUUUGGAAAGUAACAUCAGCACUGAACUCAAUAUAUCAUUGUCUCUUAAUGCGACGUAUCAUGGCUUCGACACCGCCUUGUACCAGGUGAAAGGCUGCCCAACUAGCACCUGUGAAGGGGUGGAAAUUCUCAAAAACUUGCUAAAGCACAAGACUCUGGGAUGUGUCUUGAUUGGGCCCACAUGCACAUAUGCCACUUUCCAGAUGUUUUCCUUGAACUCAUCUUUAUCGAUGCCCCAAAUCUCAGCAGGAAGCUUUGGACUUUCUUGUGACUUCAAGUCACAGCUGACACGCAUCCUGCCUCCGGCUCGCAAGCUCUCCACGUUUAUGAUAGAGUUCUGGAGGUUUAUUUCCAGUUCAGUGAAACCACAUCAAUGGACUGCUACUUACACAUACAAGAAGAAUGAAAACCCUGAAGAGUUUUUCUGGUACAUGAAUGCUUUGGAGGCUGGCUCUGCUGACUUUGCUAUAAACAUUUCCAUCAUUGAAAUCAUCAGGACACGAGAAAGAUUGUAUGACAUCAUCAAGGACCCUUUAAGAAAAAGUAAUGUGAUAAUAAUGUGUGGAACACCUGAAGAAGUACAGUUGCUUUUAAAGGGACAGCAGAUUGCGUCUGAGAUUGUCUUUGUUUUAGUGGACAUCUACAACCACAUUUACUACUCAAACACAACAUCAGCAGAAGUUAUGAGAAAUGUCUUGGUGGUAACCGUCCCCCCGCCCCAGCAACAUGACAACAACUCUGGAAGUUUUCAUUCGAUACCGCUCGAGAACGACUUUGUCACAGCUUACGUGGAUGGCGUCAUGCUCUUUGGUUCUGUCUUGAGAAACUAUCUUUCCACACAAAAGGAGAAAGCUGCAAACAGCAUGAUAGGAGAAUACUUUGUUCAACUCUUCCGAAAUACCACCUUUCAAGGGAUUAGUGGAGAAAUUCAUCUUGAUGAGUAUGGAGACCGCGAUGUUAACUUCACCAUUCUGUACACCACUACUGACACCUUGAAGUACACACCCCUUUUACAAUUUGACACAUCCAAAAAUGAAACUAAAGUCUUGGAUUCAAAGCCCAGGUUCAUUUGGACUCAAGGGCUGCCCCAGAAUGCCCCUUCGUCUGGUCCACAUGAGCUGAUGAUCGCCGUAAUAACACUCGCUGUGGUCGUGUGCGUCGUCCUGCUCAUUGCCCUGAUUGUGCUUCGCCAGUACAGGAAAGAGCGACACAUCCACUACAGGAAGUGGUCACACAUCCCUCCUGACAAGGUCACUGUUCUGGACACCAGUGAGAUGGGUCACGUCAGUCUGAAGAUUGAUGAUGACCGACGGAAGGACAGCACAGAUCGCAUUCAUAGAGGGCGUUAUGACAAGAAGAUUGUGAUUCUAAAGGAACUCCCACAUGUGGACAGCAAUUUUAGUGAAAACCAGAAAAUAGAGCUGAACAAGCUCCUUCUGCUUGACUACAACAACCUGACAAAGUUCUAUGGCACCACAAAGCUGGAUAUGGGCCUCUUCAGCGUGACAGAGUACUGCGAACGUGGCAGUUUAAGGCACGUUCUGAAUGACCGGAUUUCAUACCCUGAAGAAACCUUUAUGGACUUGGAAUUCAAGAUCUCAGUGAUGACCGACAUUGCAAAGGGAAUGUCCUACUUACACUCCAGCAAAACCGAAGUCCAUGGUCGUCUGAAGUCAACAAACUGCGUAGUGGACAGUCGCAUGGUGGUGAAAAUCACAGACUUUGGCUACAAUUCUGUUCUCCCACCACAAAAAAAUCUGUGGUUGGCUCCAGAACACCUGCGUCAAGUAGGAAUCUCUCAGAAGGGCGAUGUGUACAGCUUUGGUAUCAUUGCUCAGGAGAUUAUCCAGAGACGGGAGACAUUUUAUACUGAAGCUUGCUCAAACCACCAAGAGAAACUGUACAGAGUUCAGCAUCCCAGAAAGGAGUCUGCCCUUUUAAGGCCCGACUUGGAUUUUGAAAAAGCAGGGCAGAAAGAACUAGAGCUGUACCUUCUUGUGAAGAGUUGCUGGGAGGAGGACCCAGAGAAGCGACCAGACUUUAAAAAAAUAGAAAGCACUUUGAGCCGAAUCUUCAGCAACCUUAACAAUGAGGCGAAUGAGACGUACAUGGACACUCUCAUCCGACGUCUGCAGAUGUACUCGCGUAACCUGGAGCAUCUGGUGGAGGAGAGGACGGCGCUGUACAAGGCCGAGCGCGACCGAGCUGACCAGCUUAACCUUAUGCUGCUGCCACGACCAGUGGUGCGUUCUCUGAAGGAGACAGGCCGGGUGGAACCCGAGCUCUUUGAAGAGGUCACUAUCUACUUCAGUGACAUCGUGGGCUUCACCACCCUGUGCCAGUACAGCACCCCAAUUGAGGUGGUAGACAUGCUCAACGACGUCUACAAGAACUUUGACCAUAUCUUGGAUAAUCAUGAUGUUUACAAGGUGGAGACAAUUGGAGACGCAUACAUGGUGGUUUCUGGGCUGCCACGGAGGAAUGGAAAUCGUCAUGCCGUGGAUAUCUCGCUCAUGGCUCUCGACAUCCUUAGCUUUGUUGGCACAUUCAAGCUGCAGCAUCUUCCUGGGCUGCCCAUGUGGAUACGGAUAGGAAUCCAUUCUGGUCCAUGUGCUGCGGGUGUUGUUGGAAUCAAGAUGCCCCGCUACUGCCUGUUUGGAGACACAGUCAACACUGCCUCACGUAUGGAGUCUACCGGAUUGCCCCUCAGGAUCCACAUGAGCCAAUCAACUGUCAACAUCCUACAGAGGACCAAGUGCAAGUUUGAGUUCACAAAGAGGGGACCGACAUACCUAAAGGGGAAAGGCACGGAGAUCACUUACUGGCUCACUGGUGUCAAAGACCAGACGUACAACCUUCCAACACCUCCAACUGCGGAGAAUUUCCAAGGCUUGCAGGAGGACUUUUCAGAGUUGCUUGCCUCCGCCCUAAAGCGACGAGCUGAAAGUGACGGUCACAAGAGCGGGACUCUGUCACGUCACCAGUGCAGCGGUAGCUAUGACGACGUUCCUCUGGAAUAUCUGCAGCUCGCCACGAGCGAGAGCUUCAACACUUACUUCUAGGAGCGGACGGGAGAACUUGGACACUUCCUGCACAAAUGUGCAUUUAUUAUCAAAUAUUUUGAAUGGAUAUUGUUUCUCCACGAGUGAGCUUCAACUUGACAUGUAAUAUUUUUCCAUCUGCUUUCAUUCACGUGAAACAGACUGAACGUUUUGACAUCCUUUGUAUCCUGACGGAAACUUCGUUCAUUGCACGGAAUUCACUUAUUAUUACCACUUAUAAGCCAAAACACAUAAAGACUCUGCUAAAAGUAUUUGUAUAAUAUAUAACAUCAACCACUAUACGUAUUUAAACUUUAUACACCAGUAAUGUUUUUGCCUUUCUGAUGCUGU